UGUAGAAUAUACAUACGUUCUGUUAUGAAGGCUGGGAUGGGGCCAUCUAUUGGUGUUGCACAGGAACUAUUUUUAUUCAAACUGCUAGUCAACAAAUAAUGCAAUGAAUAACUCGGUGGGAAUCCCAAAACCCGGCUCCGUAUGUCAUUCCCAAAUCCCAGUAAGAUAAACUUAUAUUGAUCUUUUGCCCAUCCGGGCCCAAGUUCCUCUUGUCACGCGUCUACGCGCACUACGGAUGAACGUUGUGUAUGCACGCGCGCACGCGUACCCCCUCAACCUUCACGAGGCGCGCGGUCCCGCCGUGCUCUGCGAUGGACUGACAAGUGGAUCCAAGAUGGCGUAGAAAGUAAGGCUAGAAGGCAGGGAAGUGGACCAGCCGAAUACAGCUCCUCCUGAUGAAGUCACCCAGCACACUUUCAUUCUGUCCCUGAGUCAUGGCGGACAGGAGAGCGGAGAAGUCAUGUGAAGAAGCCUGCAGGUCAUUAGCCAAGGGGGAGUACGAGAGCGCAGUCAGCCACAGCACAGACGCCCUGCUGGUGCUGGGGCACCGGGUGGCCCCCUCCGGAGCCCCCACCCCAAACAGCCCUCAGGCCGGGGCCCUCCGCUGCCGCGCCCACCUGUUCCGCAUCGCCGCCUUCCUGCAGCUGAAAAACUAUGACCAGGGAGAGGAGGACAGCAAACAGAUGCUGGCGGAGGAGGUCUCCAGAGGAGAGGGCUGCCUGAAGGCCAGCCUAAGGUCCAUGAUGCAGGAGCAGAGUCUGCCAGAGGUGGCAAAUGUCCUCUCAAAGGCCCUGGACAGAGACACACAGAACGGAAUCGUCACAAAGGACCUGACCAGGUUAAAAAUGCUCCUGUCGGAAAUAGAAACUGUAAAUAGCGAGAUGGCACCAGAAUAUUCAGAAGACCAGGAUGAAGAUCGCACUGGUGCACUGUUGCUGACGCUGCCCGGGUGAAAAAAUAAGUAUCCAUAAUAAAAAACUAAGCCUACUGUUCCAACCUUCCCUACUACUGAGAGCAUUUAUUCGGAGAGUCUGAAUUUUAUUUGUAAAUGUUUAAUUUUGCUUAAUUUUUUACUUUGAAAUGUUUCAUUUCAGCUCAGUGAAAAACUUGAAACACUUUAUUUUUAUUUUUAUAUGUAAUUCUGCUUAAAAUAAAGACAAGCAUUUCUCUAAACCUCAUGCUGCGUUCCAGGGACACUUUUUAGCCCGUAAGUGAAUCGGUCUGGUACGAGUUCCCGGGUAGUGAGUUGCGGGUUUGUCUGCCGUUCCAGGGCAUUUUCACGGGUAGAAGGUUGUGAAAAUACGGGUUACGGGUUGCCUGGAACGCACCAUUAUUCCUGUUAAAAAAUCAUUCACAUUAUAUUAAAGUUAUGUAGAGCGAUAAAAAAGAAGCGUUAAAGGCGACGCAAUGAAAAAUUUUGUGCUGGUGCACCUAAAAAAAUAUUAGGCGCACCAGUGCAACCAACGCAUAAAGUUAGUCUGGAGCCCUGACACUAAGGAUAAAUUAAUAACAUUACACAACCACACCAAGGAUGACUGAAUAACAUGACACAACCACACCAAGGAUGACUGAAAAACAUGACACAACAACAAUAACGACUGAAUAACAUGACACAACGACACUAAGGACGACUGAAUAACAUGACACAACCACACUAAUGGACUGUUCGAGAUGCACCGUACACAACCUGCGCGAGUUGCUCGUAAUUUCCUGGCUUGAAGCACUUAAAGCGUUCCGACGCUAUAGCGACUAUCCAAUUUCAUGACACAAUCACAAAGACGAACAGGAACGCUAUAAAUGCUCCGAGACCGGAAAUUAAGUCAAAGGUGCAGCUUGGAAGGCUGGCGUCCGAGGAUUCAGGAACUCGCCAUAAAGCUGAAGCAAGUGAAAAAGAUGAUCAGAGAUGUAUUGUGGCAUGCGAUUGGUUACCAGGCGCCAAUGUCAAUGCCCGUUUAUUUAGAAUUAAUUAACCCAUUUAGGCCUAAAGCGCCUGGAAAAAAUGCCUGUAAAACCUAUAGGCGAUUUCAGAAAAGCCCCCAAAACCUGAAGUUUUUCUAGAAAUUCAGCAAUUGUGUCAACGCCUACUAAAUUACUGAUUUCUCAGCCCCUGUAACAGAUAGGAACACAAUUCAAAAAGUAUUUGAGAGCUGACACCUGUGGCUUUCAUGGGAAAUUUGAGUUUUUAUUUACAAAUAUUUACAAUAUUUACAUACAGGUAGAAAAGUAAAUAAAAAAGUAAAAAAAUAUGUAAAAGUGCAGGAACAGCACAAAACAGUAAAAAAAAUAAAGUAUAAUAAAGUGAAAUAAGUAUAUAAGAAAGUAAUAAAGUAUAUAAUAACAAACAUGGGAAGGGGAACAGACUGGGACUAAAACUGUAAACAGUCUGCGUUUUAAAUUACAUGCACUUGUAUGUGAUGACUACUGAAUAAAAGUAUUAUGCAUAAUACAAAUACAAUUGCAUUCCAUCCUAAGAAGUAGCAUAAUUAAAAGAUACAGGCUAUAAUUUGGGAAUGUAUAGUAGCCUAGGCCUUAUUGUUCUGGAGAUCGCAGUUAGGUGUGAAAUUCCAAAGAAGCUCUAUUCUUUGGAAGAGCCUUGAACAUCCUGCAUACGGGCCCGUCGUUGCCUUGUUACGCCACUGGUGACAUUCCAGAGAAGCUUAUCUGGUUUUACGGGUGCUUUACGCAUCUCCGGGACAGUAAUACAUCUCUUACAUAUAAACUGUCGUAAUUUCUUAUUACAGCAUCAUCACAAUCAAUAAGUAUUACUAUUGAUAAGUAUAAGUGACAUUCCAGAGAAGCUUAUCUGGUUUUACGCACCCGGGUGCUUUACGCAUCUCCGGGACAGUAAUACAUCUCUUACAUAUAAACUGUAGUAAUUACUUAUUACAGCAUCAUCCCAAUCAAUAAGUAUUACUAUUGUCCUUGCCUCCAGCUGGCCGCAAAUCUGUCCCGGGACAUAUUUCUGGCGAAUUGCGUCCGAAAGAGAUUCUUACUCCGUCGCCAGUAAUCUCUUCGCACCGGCAACACAAGCAGCCCCAUUCCCAUAGCCCCAUUCCAUACUUCUUCUUCCUCGUCGUCAUUCACGAACAUGUGCCUUAACCAUAAUUCCCGGUCAAUCGGUUCGUAUUCGUCAUCAAAGUACUCGGCCUCAUCAACAUCUUCGAAGCCGAGAAACUCCUCGAAAUCGCUACCGUCAGAAAAGUCUUCAGUCUCAAAUUCUGCCAUACUUGCUUGAAGAAAUUUCUGAACUAAACUCACGAGGAACAAGUUGACACCUAUAUGUGUCUAUUUUGAUGCAUUUCAUUGGCCCAGAGGCCGACACUUUGGGCAAAAACCCGCCUUAUACAGAAAAACGACGCAAACGCUUUCCUGUCCUUAAAGGUAGAAUGACGCAACAGCGCCCCCGGCUUUAAAGGUAGAACAGCGGCAAUGCUUUCCCGGCUUAAAUGGGUUAAACCAAUGCCCGUUUUCUGAACAAUCUCGCUGAAUCAAGGUUUUGGUUUGGAACGAGACGUUACUGUACAAGGCAGCAAUAAAACAAGAUUUAUUUUUUGGACUGAGAUGCCGCGGCUAUUGGUGCGUCCUCACGCGUCCUUAUUGGGGCCGCACCAAGCCUUUCUCUUUCAUGCAGUCAAUUAAUCAAUGUCUUGAUUUAAGGAAUAUGUGAUUGUGUAGCGUGUUCGCUUAUUCAGUCUUAAAAAUACAACUCACCGCCGUGUCAGCUGCUAUUUUCAUGCUGCUUCUAGGAAGUGACUCCCGUCCGGGGACAGCUAUAUGGUGCCGGGGUAUGCGCGAAUGACGCAGUUGCGUCUCUGCUAAAUCAAUUAUCUUUCUCUGAACAUGAACUUUGUAUCUAGUGCCAUGUGUCCAUGUAUGAUUGAUAACUGUAAGGCCUGAUGUAGUGAAUUUAUUGUAGGUACCUUUUUAACUGUUUUAUUCAUAUUUGUAGGAUGAUGGGUAAACACCCCCGUCUGUGCUUCAUGUAUUGGUAUGUACCGUACCAUUAGGAGACGCUAGAGAUACAGAAGCUUUACUGUGCUGUCUUAUACCCUCAGUUGUGUGAGGUAUGGGACAAACCCUGACUACUAAAGCCUUGAGGGCACAAGUGCUUUGCGUUGGCUGAAUAUAGCCUUAGUCUUUGUAGUGGCUGCGUUGUCAGAAUCAAAUUGCUACACCCCUUUCGAAUUAAAACGCCUCCAUUCAUGGAUUCUUCCAUCAUCCACCCACUUUCAUCUCCUACUCCAAUGGAAAUAAACUGCCCACCGAUCCCCGCGCCUGUUUUAUCCGUGGAUGGACAUUAGAAUGACUGCAAGUCAAAUGGUGAAGGAGGAAAAGGCGAAGGAGAGUAUGUGGAGGAGAAGUGGGACAGCGGUAUUAAGCGUUUUUUUGAAGUCCAUUAUAUAGCCGUCUUAUGAUACAAAUUCUCGUCACUGGAGUUUCGUCGGCACGUCUGCGAUUGCCUGUGGAUGUGUUUAUUUCCCAGUCGAACCUUGCUCCACGGGAAGCGGCAUCUCCCGACUCUGACUGACUAACUUUAAAAACGAUUCCACUAUGUGGAACCUGUUGUUGAUACAGGUUCCACAUAAACUCUGC